GAUCCGCAAAGGUCCAGACCAAGCUCCCGCGGUCUGGCCUCCCUCCUCCUCCCCGCCCCCAUCCUUUUUUUCCCCACCCCCCCUCAUCCUUUAGUCGCCGGUUAGGGAAGGGGCGGGGCUCAUUCUUCCUAGGCCAGCCCGCGAUAAGUGCUAGUGAUUCUCCCAUCAAUUCGUUCGGUCUGUCAGCCUCCGUUGAUUUAAGGGAAAGGAUCGAAGCCGCUGCUCUCCCUGGGUUGCGCAUCACCUCCGGGUGUAUUUCUUAAAAGCAGCAUAUUGUUGGAUUCUACUUUAAGGUCCAGUCUGCUAUCUGCUUCCCUUUUAUGGACUACUGACUAAUUAAAACAUUCUACAGUGGCACUUGACAUUUUCCACAAAGACUGAAAAUGCCAACAGUUGAGAGUGAAGCGAAGGCAAAAACCAAAGUCCGUUUUGAAGAACUCUUUAGGAGUCAUGCUGAUCUAAUAGCUGAUAAAAAGAAACAUAAGAAGAAGGCGACUAAUUCUGAAGAACACAUCUUGCUCGACACCUUGAAGAGUAAUCAUGAUCUUGCUAAAGAAACAAAAAGUGAGGAGGCAAUCAUCAACAGCACUUACAAUUCAGAGAAGAGCCCAAGAUCUACUAAAAGCAAACUAAAGGACAGAGGGUCAAUGGAUGAAAAAAUAAGCAAUGAUGAUUUUACUAUAGAUGAAAACCAGCAUUUAAAGCCAAAUAAGAAGAAAAAGAAAUCAGUGUUACAAGGACAGUCUAAUAAAGAAGAAAAUGCAGAGGAAGUGAAACCAGGGAGUUUUGAAAGAAAGAUUCAUCAUUCUCUCAGAAAAACAAAAAAUAAAUCACAUGCAGGUGUAUCUCGUCAAAAGAAUGAAAAGAUAAAAAAUGACUUAAAUGAAGUGAGAGAAACAACUGAAUUAGAUGAUGAAGAGCAGCUAAUACAAGCUUAUGAACUGCAAGUAGCUGAAGAAGCAGCCAAUGCAAUUAAAAAGAAAAUAAGAAUGAAACUUAAAGAACAGAUGUCUCAUUUACUUUCUGAUCAUCAAAGCCAUGAAGAAAUACUGAACAAUGAAGUAGGAAAAAAUAAGAAAAAGAAAAAAGUUCCUGUCAUGCUCGAAACAGAAACAAGUGUGGCAUCCCUCUCUGAGCAGCAGCAAAAUGUAGAUGAAGAAAAUACCAAAAAGAAAAAUACAUCAGACGAGGUGCUGUCUUCAGAUUUUAACCAGAAGAAUGAAAUAAAAGCAGAUCAGACUGUGGAGGAAAAUGUGGAACAGCCAAAAGCUAAAACAAGAAAGACAAAAAAGAAACCUAGAGCAGUUUUGGAAGACAAUGAAGAAAUUACCGUUGAUAAUGUCCAAGAAGUAAUGAGCCUGGAAGUUUCAAGUCAGCCUAACAGUGGGUUUGAUGAUGCCCUUGUUUUGGGAGUUUAUGUCCAUCGAGCUGAUCGACUUAGAACAGAUUUUAUGAUUUCUCACCCAAUGGUAAAAAUCCAUGUGAUUGAUCAGAAUACUGGUCUGUAUGUCAAGAAAGAGCAUAGCAACCGGGCUGUUUCAUCUUUUUAUGAACAAGAGAGAGUAGAGAAUGUGCUUCCCAUUAUGACCCAGCCUUAUGAUUUCAAACAUUUUAAAUCAAGACUUCCAGAGUGGGAAGAACAAAUUGUAUUUAAUGAACGAUUUAGUUAUUUCCUCCAAGAAUCUGAAGAAAGCCCUAAAGUCAUUCUGUUCUUUGAGAUUCUUGAUUUCUUAAGCAUGGAUGAAGCCAAAGCCAACUCUGAGGUUCAAGUCCAGGAAAGGGGUUUUCGCAAAAUUGCAUGGGCAUUUCUCAAGCUAGUAGGAGCCAAUGGAAUUUUGAACAUCAAUGGGAAACUCCGUCUUCAACUAUACUGCCCUCCUCCUAGGAUUAGGUCACAGUUAAAUGUGGUUGAAGUUUUUGAAUGGUGGUCAAAAUGUCCAAGAAUUCGUUAUCCAUCAACAUUGUAUGUAACCAUAAAAGGCCUGAAACUCCCAGAUCAUGUAGAUCCUUCUUUUCGUUCUAUGAUGGCACUUCAGCAGGAACAAGGUAGUACAUCAUAUUGUGAACUUCAGAAGGAGACAAGUAAAAGAAGUAAUGAACCAGUUCCAGAAGACCAAAAGGAAUUAAUAAAGUGGUCGAGGUUGCCUGGGCAGGUUUGCCGCAUCCCAAACAAGCACCUGUUUUCACUGCAUGCAGGAGAACGAGGAUGUUUCCGGGUUAAUUUCUCCCAGAAUGGAAGAAUGUUAGCAGCAGCAUGUGCAGGCCAUGAUGGCUAUCCUGUUAUUUUAUAUGAAAUCCCUUCAGGACAGUACUUGAAAGAAUUUUGUGGACACCUUAAUAUUGUUUACGAUCUUUGCUGGGCAAAAGAUGAUCAACAUCUCCUUACCGCAUCCUCUGACAGCACUGUCAGAAUGUGGAAAAUUGAAAACCAAGGGACAGCUGCUGUUAAAGUUUUCCCUCAUCCUUCAUUUGUCUAUACGGCCAAAUUCCACCCAGUUGCAGACUAUCUGGUAGUUACGGGAUGUUAUGAUUCUGUGAUAAGAGUGUGGAGUGUUAAAGUGAAAGAAGUGCAUGGUCAAUUGUUACAAGAAUUUGAUGGCCACAAAAGUUUUAUCAACUCUCUCUGUUUUGACACCGAAGGACUUCAUAUGUUCUCAGGAGACAGUUCAGGAUUGAUUAUUGUUUGGAAUACCUGGGUCAGAGAAAAUGAUGACCAUCCAGUUCGACUUUGGAACAUUAAUAAGGAAAUUAGAGAAAAUGAUAUUAAGGGGAUUCCAAUAAGCCAUUUACAGGUUCAUCCAAAUGGAAGGCGUUUGUUAAUCCAUGCCAAAGAUAGUACUCUGAGAAUUAUGGAUCUCCGGAUAUUAGCAACAAGGAAGUAUGUAGGUGCAGCAAACUACCGGGAAAAGAUUCAUAGUACCUUAACACCAUGUGGGACCUUUCUUUUUUCUGGAAGUGAAGAUGGUAUAGCAUAUGUUUGGAAUCCAGAAACAGGAGACCAAGUUGCGAUGUAUUCUGACCUUUCAUUCACAUCCCCUCUUCGAGAUACUGCUUUUCAUCCCCAUGAACACAUGGUGGCAUUUUGUGCAUUUGGCCAAAAUGAACCGAUACUGGUAUAUAUUUAUGAUUACAAAGUUGCACAGCAAGAGGCUGAAAUGGUCAAAGAUUUCAACGGCUCCCUCGCAUCCACCGGAGUCCACAGAAAUCCACUUAUUCUUAGCAGCCACUCCUUAAUGCAAGAGACCAGCGCAUCUGGCCCUGACCAGUUCAUUAAUGCUGCUCGAGUGUCCAUGAGGAUGCAGAAAGUGAAACAGAAACUCGACUCAGUCACGGCCAGCUCAAAUCUCAUGCUUCCUGCUCCAUCAUUGUUCUCACCACACUCCAAGUUCAGACUGUCAAACACGAUGGGUACUCAUUUGAUUCCUCAGCAUCCUUUUACUACUCAGUGUGGAGGUUUCAGCCCAGUAGGAAAAUCUUCUACACGAAUACAAUCAAGCACACUGCAAAUGGUAAGCCAUUCUAUAUCAGCAUUUCAAAAAUUGAUACAAAACUAUAAAUGCUUGAGACUCAGAGUAUUGGCUUACACCAGCCCAGUGCACUGGGGGCUGCCCUGCAAUGGAGCCUGGGGCCUCACCACAGGCUUGGAUAGGGGCCCUGGGCCUCCGUCAAAUCAUCCCACCCCACAGAAAAUGUCAGAAGUUCUCAACAAGUCCCAGGAUCUUAAAUUGUCUGACACACAUUUAGAUUCACCUGCAAUACAAGGACUAAGAAAGAAGAAGAAAAGACUUCAAAAGAAUGAAAUGGCCGUAGCCAGAGGAAAGGAAGGAGCUCCUCAUCCUUCAGAAAUCCCAGGUGCGAGUGCUCCGGGAGAGGGCGAAUCCGGGCUUGUUGUCCUCAAAGCAGAAGCCAAAAGCAGCCCCAGAAGAGCUCUGACCCCCUCGUAGAUGGCGGCCGCUGAAAGAAGGUGGCCUUGGAGCCUGGCGUUUGGCGCCUGUGUAAGAAUGGUGGUCCCUCUCCCGGGGCUUGCUAGGGAUUACAUCAGGACCGCUCCUGUUGGAGAAUCAAUAAACAAUAGUGUCGCUUCCGCUCACCGGACACAAAAGGAAAAAAGCACAAUUUGUAUUGAUAGGGUAAAUUUUAUUUCAUAAUUCUGUAGGUUUGCACAUGGGUAAUAUGCCAAUUUAGAAGAUUCACCAGAGACGGUGAUGAAUCUACUUUGAAACAUAACUUUUUUUUUACAAAUAUAUAACAUUAUAGAAUUGUGUAUUUGGAAUUCCUAAGGAAUAAUCACAUCUUAAAGCAAGACAAAUAUUGAAAGGAAACGUGCAUUUUUUAUAUUUGUUUUAAAUGAGAAUAUGUUUACUUUGUAAACACGGACAGAGAACAUUGUAACAUUUAUUUGUUUCAACUGAUCUUGCCGUACUUUUCUAGACUCAUUCAACUGUUGAAAAUGUUUCAUAU